GGAGUGAUUGUGAGUAAUGCGCGACUUGCGCUGAUGGUUGCUACUGUCCAUUUGCUGCGCCUCUCACCUCUUCUCUUAAGUUCUUCCACGUCCCUUCCACUCUCUUCUAAGGCGUCCUUUAUCCAUGUCAGAUAAUAUCAAAUAUCGUCGUCUUCCCCAUCCCACAGCCUCAUCGACAUUGUUAUCCACCAGCGUCAUUCAGACUCAGACAUUGGUUCUGUAACUCAACGAGUCCUUGAAAGGCCCGCACCCUGCUUGGCACCCAGCGCAAUUCCUACCACCUUCACAACCUCAUAAAGUCGAUCGUCAUCCACAUCUCUUGUCCCCCUCCACUUUGACAUCACCAGUCCCAACUUCGCCUUCUUCUUCGCCAUGGCCGGAUCGCUUAUUGCCAGACAGUACUACCAGACGUAAGCUCAAUCUUCCCAUUGCCACCCUUUUCUUGGUCCUCUAUAAUACUCGUGUGCAUCCCCCCCCCCUCCGUUGGGGGUUUUAUCAGAUUCAACGAUCCGUCUAUCAUCUCUCUAGAAGGCCCACCCACUAAUCCUCUUCAUCAUGAACAGAUGCUACAAUUCUUACGGUCAGCCGUACCGGUGUCGAACGGCAUGGAACAGCUGGGGUAGAUGGGCCGCCCUCGGCGUCAUUUUGGCCGGCGCAUUGCUCUUGUUCUUCCUGUGCGCAUGCUUCAGCUCUCGUCGCAGACGCAAGCACGGUCGCCAGCCAUACUACGGUACGGGCUGGGCAGGUCGAACGCCAUGGGGUCACGGCCAGGCCCAAUAUAAUCCCAACUACCAACAAACCCAACAGCCGCAACAGGGCUACCAAAAUCCUCCCACCUACAACCAAACCCAAAGCACCGGUGGUUAUUAUGGUCCCGGGGCCAAUACCGGCAACAACAACACUGGCGGCGGAGAAGCCAUGAACUACUACCAAGGCCGAGGAGGAGACGUUGAGAUGCAGACACCCAACAACACAUACGGCGGCAGCGGCCCCGGUGGCUUCGAACCUCCUCCAGGACCUCCUCCCAGCAAAAUCGCCUAGACAUCCACAACCACAUACACAAGCAAAUAAUACCUCCUCCACGCGCACAAUUCUCCACACACCCAUACACAUACACACAUACAUAUCUUUGAUGAGCGCCUGUGCAAAGUAACGCCCCUUUUCACAAAGAUGCGAUACACGAACCGGGUUAUGACGGAUGGGAGGGGAAGCGUUGGUGGAUAUAUUUUAUUGGGGCGGAAUUGAAUUCGAUCCUUUCGCUUGGAUUUUCCCCCAAACAAUGGCUGGCGUUGAGAUGAUCGGUUGGUUGGCAUUUUGGUCUCUCCCCUACUCCUUUUUGGAGGUUAGAGACAGCUCGCGAGCCUUGUUCAAUUGUGGCAAAUUAUUGCAUUGAUGCUUUUUUGAGCGCGCUCGACGCUCGGUGCACGUUGUAAGACUGACGGCCCAUGGCAUGAAUGGCAUGCAUGCAUAGGAUUUUAAUGGUUGUUUUGGACAGCAGGGCAACUCUUGUACAAAAUUUCAUAUAUCAAAAGAAUUGGCUCUUCCUGGCUUACAAGACAUACAAUGGCCAAUACCUGUUGGGCGAAUCGACCCUUUUCUAUUUCACAAUUCCACA